AUGUCGACUACCACUAUCGAGACGGAGACGUACGCGGAUACAUGGGUCCACUACCACGAUGGUGGUGUUCCUGGUCGAAGGCCGGUUCUCAAGGGCACCGCUGCUAAAGAGACGUUCACCGAACUGCCAAAAAUCGACUUCAGACGCAUAUACUCGGACAACCUGGAGGACAGGAAAGAGCUAGCCAGAGAAGUCGGCGCCGCAUGUCGAGACAUAGGCUUCUUCUACGCAGUGAACCACGGGGUAGACGAUGAUGUACUGGAAGACACUUUCGAUGCGUUGAAGGAGUACUUCGCGUUACCAACCGACGUCAAAAUGGAGACACACAACCAGAAGACGGAGAAGUUCAGGGGUUACGAAGCGUUCUUGGAAGGCAAACUCGACCCAAGUACACGAGGAGAUCUAAAAGAAGGCUUCCUAAUGGGCGAAGACUUCACCGACUCAGAACAACUCCCCCUCAUCUCCUCGCUUCCUCCCUCACCACAAACCCCGCGCAACCAAUGGCCCAGCCACCCGUCCGCCCUCUUCUGGCGCCCAGCCAUCUACCGCUACUACAAAUCCAUGUUCGAAUUCAGCAAACGCAUGCUCCACAUCUUUGCUCUCGCUCUCGACCUCCCCGAAGACUACUUCGACACCAUAACCACACACCCCAUGACCAACGUCCGCGCCGUCCACUACCCACCCCAAGAGCGUCAAAGCGACGUAGGAAUCGGUGCCCACACAGACUUUUGCUGGUUCACGCUCGUAUGCCAAUCCAAAACGGCGUACCCGGCUCUCGAAGUACUGAACGCGAACGGUAUCUGGGUCCCUGUCCAUCCCCAACCCAACACGUUCGUUGUCAAUAUUGCGGAUUUCCUCAAGUUGGUUACGGGCGGCUCGUGGCAGAGUACUGUGCAUAGAGUGAGGAAUAUCGGGGGCGAGGAGAGGUAUAGUAUGCCGUUCUUCUUUAGCCCGAAUGAAGAUGCAAAGGUUAGUGUUGUGCCGCAUUUGAGAGAGGAGGGGAAGCGGUACGAUGAGUUUGGUGUUGGGGAGUACUUUCAGAAGAGGCUGGAUAUUGAUCGGAGGACGCAUUUGAGUGAGGAUGAGAAGAAGGUAGAAGUGGAAGUGGAGGAGAAGCCGAAGAGGCCAGUGAGGGAGAGGAAGGACAGUGGUCUUGAAGGAUAG